AUGUUUGCACACUCCACCACUGCAUCACCACUCCCUUCACCUUCUUCACUCUUCCCUGACCUCACUGAAUUCGAGACCCUCUCCCAACUCAACAACUCUGACACCAAUUACUUCAACAAUAACAGUAACUGUAGCAGUGGCUAUAGCAGUUAUGGUGGCUCCCCCACUUCUGCGGCCACUCCCAACUUUAUGCAGAGGAGUGUCAGCAGCAAUUCCUUCAACUACAACAACAAUGCCACCCACCACCCUCUUUCUGCUUUCUUCGCCGAAUUGCUCGACUCCCACCAUGCUCCUGUUAGGAAAGUUUGCAGCACUGGUGAUCUCCAGAGAAUUAAUGGAAUUCAACAUAAUCAUCACUCGGAUAGUCCGUUAUCAAGCGAAAGUAGUAUGAUCAUAGAAGGUAUGAACAGAGCCUGUAGAUAUAGCCCAGAGGAGAAGAAGGUGAGAAUUGAGAGAUACAGAAGCAAGAGGAACCAGAGGAACUUCAACAAGAAAAUUAAGUAUGCUUGCAGAAAAACAUUAGCAGACAGCAGGCCACGGAUUAGAGGAAGGUUUGCAAGGAAUGAUGAAAUUGACAAGAACAGUGCAAUUCAGUGGAGCCAAACCGGUGGAGAGGAAGAGGAUGAAGAAGAUGAGAAUUGGUUCACUGUCUUAGAUUCCUUAGUUGCUGCAAAUUUUGCUCAGGAGUCUCAAGGAAGUUGUUCCUCCUAUGGUCUAUUCUAUUAG